AUGGUUUCGCCCUCUGGGUUGUGGGGAAUAUUUGGAGGAAUCCAGAACAAUGUGUAUCUGGCAAGACGUUACGUGAAGGAUCACUGGUUCGCUUUAUUGGUGUUGACCUUGAUCGAUGUCGCAAAGAUUACCCUUUCCCUUAUGUCGAGGGAGCAAAUGGUAAAAAAUUGUGUGGGCUCAGAUGUCACCGACGGGCAUAUUGAAAAUUGCGAGAACGUUGCAGACUUUGACACCAGAGCAGGCAUCGUGAUUUUUGGGGCACAAGAAGUCAUCAUGAUUGCUCUGGGGCUUAUAACGAUUCUCAGCGUGAAGCGAAUAGAGGUGAAACCCAAAGAAGAGAGAAAGUCAUCGACUGGACCGACAGGUCAACAAUCACAUGACAAUCUUUUAGAUGGUUUAGAGUCUUCGCAAUUCCCGGAAGAGAAUCCACCACCGCAACCAUUCGUUCAACGAGCGUCACAAUUACCGGGAAAAAAUCGCCCACUUUCUCAUCGAAUAUCACAAAUUCCCGGAGAAAAUCAACCGCCUCGCCCAUUUACUCGUCGAAUGUCACAAAUUCCCGGAGAAAAUCGACCACCUCAACCAUUCAUCCAUCGGAUGUCACAAUUGCCGGGAGGAAAUCAUCCACCGCAACCAUUCGCCCAUCGGAUGUCACAAUUACCACCGCAACCAUCUGUCCGUAGUGCUUCACAAUUCCCGGAGGUAUUUGAUCAAAGAUAUGUGAAAUUACCGCAACUUCAACGAAAUUCAACGUCUUACAAUGUUGUUCAUGCCUCCAAGUUUCAUCACGGUGACGUAAAUCGUCCACAAAGUGUCAGAACGUCGGCGUAUAUUCACCAACAAAAUUCGAGACUUCAUCCUCAGAGAAUACAAAUGCACCAACGGGGGAGUCAACACCUUAUCUCAACAGACCCCAGGAUGUAUCGCCAUAGUGCCAAUCCACCAUUUCCACUGUAUCGACCGAUUCCACAAAGACCUCAGCAGCAACAGCAAGGUCAUCACCAAAAUCAGAAGUCAUUGAAUCGGCGCUCGAGAAGUCAACCGCAACUUCGACCUUCCCAACCGUCAUCAGACGACCCUUCACCCGCGGCAUCACGGGUGAUGGCUUCCGAACCUCGAAAACACGACAAACGUCCUUCACUUCGAUAUUCCAUAUCUUUGCCAGACAUUAGAAAUGCAUAUGCCAUGACGGACAAAGGAAAUAAUUCCAAUCGCCGACAACUAUCACAAAACAUAACAGGACACGCUUAG